UGUGUGCGUGCGCACGCUGUGAUUUGGUGACUAAACUGUUGCACUGAGGGUGUGGAAGGGCGCACUCAAUAACAAACCAAAGCACCGGCGACGGAAGAUUACGUGUCGCAAUUAGCGCCCACUGUCCCUGUAACACUGUUACUGUAGGUCACCGUAUCAGCUGAACAGAUGGAGGGGAUAUUUGUGGCAUUUUGAGACUGCUCUGAAAGUGCUCAGAAGAAAUUACUGCAGUGGUGUGUCCCGCUCUUGAAGGUGCACCGAGAGGAACAUGGCUUCUCCAGCAUCAUCGUACGGAGUAGACCUCCGGUCUCCAACAGCACACGAUCAGCCUCCAAAGUCGGACAGCAAUACCAGUUUCCUUCGAGCAGCAAGAGCAGGAAAUCUUGACAAGGUUCUGGAAUAUUUGAAGGGUGGAGUAGACAUCAGCACUUGUAAUCAGAAUGGACUCAAUGCUUUGCACUUGGCAGCAAAGGAAGGACAUGUGGACCUGGUCCAGGAGCUGCUGGACAGGGGGUCUUCAGUUGAUUCUGCAACCAAGAAAGGAAAUACAGCUCUCCACAUCGCUUCACUAGCAGGACAAGGAGAGGUUGUAAAGAUCCUUGUCAAGAGGGGAGCAGACAUUAAUUCACAAUCUCAGAAUGGAUUCACUCCCCUUUACAUGGCGUCUCAAGAAAACCAUUUAGAUGUGGUGCGCUACCUUUUGGAGAAUGGUGGAAACCAGAGCACUGCAACAGAGGAUGGCUUCACACCUCUAGCUAUUGCACUGCAACAAGGCCAUAAUCAGGUGGUGUCCAUCCUUUUAGAGAAUGACACAAAGGGCAAAGUACGUCUGCCUGCCUUGCACAUUGCAGCCCGCAAGGACGACACAAAAUCUGCUGCCCUGCUGCUCCAAAAUGACCACAAUGCUGAUGUGCAGUCUAAGAGUGGAUUUACACCCCUGCAUAUCGCUGCUCACUAUGGAAAUGUAAAUGUUGCAACACUCCUCCUCAAUAGAGGGGCUGCUGUGGACUUCACUGCAAGGAAUGGGAUCACGCCACUACACGUUGCAUCUAAGAGGGGAAACACUAAUAUGGUUCAUCUGCUGUUGGACAGAGGGUCUCAGAUUGAUGCCAAAACAAGGGAUGGCCUCACACCUUUACACUGCGCAGCAAGAAGUGGCCAUGACACAGCAGUGGAGCUCUUAUUGGAGAGAGGAGCCCCCAUGCUGGCCAGAACCAAGAACGGUUUAUCUCCACUCCACAUGGCAGCGCAGGGUGACCAUGUGGAGUGUGUCAAACACCUGCUGCAGCACAAGGCACCUGUUGAUGAUGUCACACUGGACUACCUGACAGCCCUCCAUGUUGCCGCCCACUGUGGUCACUACAGAGUUACCAAACUUCUAUUAGACAAGAGAGCCAACCCGAAUGCCCGAGCAUUGAAUGGUUUCACUCCUCUGCACAUUGCCUGUAAGAAAAACAGAGUCAAAGUGAUGGAGCUCUUGAUCAAGUAUGGAGCAUUCAUUCAAGCUAUCACUGAGUCUGGUCUCACACCAAUCCAUGUGGCAGCCUUCAUGGGUCACCUCAACAUUGCUCUUUUACUACUGCAGAAUGGAGCCUCCCCUGAUGUCAGCAAUAUACGUGGAGAGACUGCUUUGCACAUGGCUGCCCGUGCUGGACAGAUGGAAGUUGUUCGCUGUCUUCUGAGAAAUGGAGCCAUGGUGGAUGCAAGAGCAAGGGAAGAUCAGACUCCACUUCACAUUGCAUCUCGUCUGGGUAAGACAGAGAUUGUCCAGCUCCUGCUACAACACAUGGCUCACCCAGAUGCAGCAACCAUUAAUGGUUACACCCCCCUUCAUAUCGCUGCACGCGAGGGGCAUCUGGACGUUACUUCAGUGCUGUUGGAGGCUGGCGCUUCUCACUCUUUAGCUACCAAGAAAGGGUUCACGCCUUUACACGUGGCAUCAAAAUAUGGUAGCCUGGAUGUGGCAAAACUACUUCUACAGCGGCGGGCACCCCCUGACUGUGCUGGGAAGAAUGGUCUUACUCCUCUACAUGUCGCUGCUCACUAUGAUAACCAGAAGGUGGCGCUCCUGCUUUUGGACAAAGGCGCAUCUCCCCAUGCCACAGCCAAGAAUGGAUACACUCCCCUUCAUAUAGCAGCAAAAAAGAAUCAAAUGGAAAUAGCUACAACACUCCUACAGUAUGGAGCUGAGACCAACAUCCAGACCAAACAGGGUGUGAUGCCGCUCCAUCUGGCUUCCCAAGAGGGACACAGUGAGAUGGCAGCUCUGCUUCUGCAAAGAGGAGCUAAUGUCAGUGCAACCACUAAGAGUGGACUUACAUCCCUUCAUCUUGCUGCCCAAGAAGAUAAAGUAGGUGCUGGUGAGAUUUUAGUUAAGCACGGUGCCAACAUUGACCAACAAACCAAAUUGGGAUACACACCUCUUAUUGUUGCCUGUCACUAUGGAAAUGCAAAGAUGGUUAAUUUUCUGUUGAAGAGUGGGGCAAGUGUCAAUGCUAAAACAAAGAAUGGUUACACACCUCUACACCAGGCUGCACAACAAGGCAACACACACAUCAUUAAUGUCUUACUCCAGCAUGGAGCCAAGCCCAAUGCCAUCACUGUGAAUGGAAACACCGCUCUUGCCAUCGCACGUCGCCUUGGUUACAUCUCUGUGGUUGACACUCUGAGGGUAGUCACAGAGGAAAUUAUAACUACAACAACAACAGUGACAGAGAAACACAAGCUUAAUGUGCCAGAGACCAUGACAGAAGUCCUUGAUGUGUCUGACGAAGAGGGUGAUGACACCAUGACAGGUGAUGGUGGAGAAUAUUUGAGAGCAGAGGAUUUGAGAGAGCUGGGAGACGACUCUCUACCUGGGCAGUACCUGGAUGGCAUGAACUACUUGCGCUUCAGUUUAGAAGGAGGCCGAUCAGACAGUUUGGACAGGUCCUACACACCCACUCACCAAAGUUACUACCCCGCAAGACACUAUGGGAUGAUGGAGGAUAUGAUAUACAGCAACCAGGUGUCUUCACUUGCAAGAGAAAAUGAAAAGGACUCAUAUAGCUGGGAAACGGAAAACUUGGACAACAUAGCACUUUCCUCAAGUCCUGCUCAUUCCGGUUUUCUAGUCAGCUUCAUGGUGGAUGCCCGUGGAGGUGCCAUGCGUGGAUGCCGCCACAAUGGUCUACGGCUGAUCAUUCCACCACGGAAAUGCAGUGCCCCUACUCGAGUCACCUGUAGACUCGUGAAAAGGCACCGACUGGCCACCAUGCCCCCCAUGGUUGAGGGUGACGGUCUAGCUAGCAGGCUAAUUGAGGUUGGACCCUCUGGAGCUCAAUUCCUUGGGCCGGUGAUUGUGGAGAUCCCUCACUUUGCGGCUCUAAGAGGAAAAGAGAGGGAGCUGGUGAUCUUACGCAGUGAAACGGGAGAGAGUUGGAAAGAGCAUCAUUGUGAGUACACAGAAGAAGAGCUCAACCAGAUCCUCAACGGCAUGGAUGAGGGGCUAGACCCACCAGAAGAGUUGGAGAAAAAGCGAAUCUGUCGCAUUAUCACUCGAGACUUUCCACAGUAUUUUGCUGUGGUGUCACGAAUUAAGCAAGACAGUAAUCUGAUUGGUCCAGAAGGUGGUAUUCUGAGUAGCACUGUGGUCCCUCAAGUACAGGCUGUCUUCCCAGAGGGAGCUCUCACUAAACGCAUCCGUGUUGGCCUACAGGCUCAACCAAUGAGUAUUGAUGUAGUGAGGAAGAAUUUGGGCAAUAAAGCCACAUUCAGCCCUAUAGUCACUCUGGAACCACGGAGGAGGAAAUUCCAUAAACCCAUAACCAUGACCAUCCCUAUCCCAAAGAGCUCCGCUGACCCAAUCCAUGGCGGCUUUGGAGGUGGAGAUGUUCCUACAUUACGUUUGCUAUGCAGCAUCACAGGUGGGACCACUCCUGCUCAGUGGGAGGAUAUCACUGGGACUACACCAUUAACAUUCACCAGUGACUGUGUGUCUUUCACGACAAAUGUGUCUGCCAGAUUCUGGCUUAUAGACUGCAGGCAGGUUCAGGAGUCGGUGAACUUCGCCACUCAGGUGUAUCGUGAGAUCAUCUGUGUACCUUACAUGGCCAAAUUCGUCAUCUUUGCCAAAACACAUGACCCUAUCGAGGCUCGAUUGCGCUGUUUCUGUAUGACUGACGAUAAAAUGGACAAAACUUUGGAGCAGCAAGAGAACUUCACAGAAGUGGCACGUAGCCGAGAUGUGGAGGUAUUAGAAGGUAAACCAAUCUAUGUAGACUGUUUUGGAAACCUGGUUCCUCUAACAAAAAGUGGCCAGCAUCAUGUCUUCAGCUUCUAUGCCUUUAAAGAGAAUCGACUGGCUCUUUUUAUCAAAAUACGAGACAACGCUCAAGAGCCUUGUGGACGUUUGUCCUUCACAAAAGAACCAAGAUCUUACAGGACUUUGACUCAUAGUGCAAUAUGCAAUUUAAACAUCACCCUGCCAGUUUACUCAAAGGAAUCAGAUUCAGAACAAGAACCUGAUGAGGAGACAAGCCGGACACUUGAGAAAUAUGAUGAAGACACUGAAACAACUGAAACAUCAUUCCUGAAAACACAACUAAUCCGAGACUCCCCUGCCCUAGCAAGUCCAGAUUUACUCUCUGAAGUGUCAGAGAUGAAACAAGACCUUAUCAAAAUGACUGUUAUUCUGACUACUGAUUCCUCAGAGAAAGCAGGUCCCAUGCAAGGGGAUUAUUUAGAUAAGGGGGUGGAGGAGGUGUCAGCAGAGCCUUUUGAGAUAAUGGAAAAAGUCAAAGAGGAUUUGGAAAAAGUUAGUGAAAUUCUGAGAAGUGGAACAUGUGACAAGGAAGAGUCUGCAAAAACAGACAGCCACCCAUAUAGGAAGGAUGAGGGCUGGGUUCUACUAACAGAAAGUGAAAUCGAAGAGGCAAAAAUGAUGGCUGCAUUUGAAUCUCAAGAAUCACUUCUAAAGGAAGUUCGAGUCAACAGAGGAUCACAGAGACCAAAGGGUGCUAGGGACAGGCCUGGCAUAGAGACUGGUCCCAGGGGUGAAAUUAAGGAAUACUUAUUGGAUGUGUCUGAUACAUCUAAGCCUGAAUCCCAAGAGUCUCCAUCACAGCAAAGGUUCACUGAGGUUGUUCUGCGCAGAGGUGGUCGGAAAAUAGUCCCAACAGUGGCAAAAGACACUAAGGCCCAUACAACAGAUGUAAAAAAGCCAAUAAGAAGAAAAGGACCUCAAGGACACACAGAUGAAACCCACUCAUCUAGCACAAAAGAAAGUAUUGUUAGUAAAAGCACUGGGAAGUCUUCCGAAGGGCAUGCCUUUCUACCCGUCCCUGGAGAUCAGAAAAAGUCUCCUGUUUCACCAGUGGUUGAGGAGACACCAAUCGGUUCCAUCAAAGAGAAAGUUAAGGCUCUUCAAAAGAAAGUAGAGGAAGAACAAAAAGGUCAGAAAAAACAAACAGGCCAAAAACCUCCAUAUAAAGCAACAGAAUCCAAAGCAUCUUCUGUUGUGAAAGAUCAGAAAACAUCAGGCAUGAAAAAACAGACUUCUUCACCCCAGAAACAGUCUCCUGCUAGGUCAACAGGCUCUGAGCCUGUGAGACUAGAAGAAACCAUGUCUGUAAGAGAACUAAUGAGAGCAUUUCAAACUGGCCAAGACCCCUCAAAAAGAAAGGCUGGGCUCUUUGAGCACACAGGUCCUUCCAAAACAGAAAACACUACAGUGAGUAAACCAGAGGCUAUCCUCACAAAGUCACAAUGUUUUGCCCAAGCACCCUCACAUGAAGACGUGUCUCUUGAUGUUUUAAAGCCUGAAGAUCACCAUGAAGAAAAAGAAGUCAAAACUUGUCCACACAUAAAAAAAUCUGAAGACACUGAAAAAGAUACAGAAGCAAGUCAAAGGGGUCAUCAAUGUCCACAGGAAAAGAGUGGUAAGGCUGUGGUUUCUGGAAUAGUGUCAGCAGGUCCUUUUACUCACUCAAGCAUGGCAACAACAAUUCCUCAAAAUUCGUCAGAUCAGUGCAGAGAUCUUUUACCUGACAACGGUACAGAGAACAUUGCAUUUGAUGACAGCUCUGACAGCAUUAGACAUGCAGCAUUGGUUGACUCGCCCAAUGCAAGCCUUGCUGAAGUGGAAGCCCCAUUGAGUUCUGAGGAAAGUUACAAACAUGAGGGCAUGGCUGAGACUCCAGAAACAAGCCCUGAGAGCCUCUCAUUAUCACCGAAAAAACCAGCUCAGUCUAUACUUGCAAAGACCUCAAAAUCAGUAGCAGUCACUCCUAAAGUCAAGACAAGUAAAAUAUCUGUUUCCUUUUCUACUGAGAUGAAGACAACCAAUGAACAGGCAUCUGAAACUACAGUUCAUCCAGCAUUGAGCAAAGCAGUGGAUGAACCAACAAAAAGUGAGUCUGUGUCUAUUCCUCUUGGAAAUAGGGGGCUGAACUUUGAGGGUGAACAAACUUCUGUGGAUAAGGACAUUGUUUCUGUGUCAUCCAAACCAUCUAAAUCUCGAAAACUGACGAAAAGAACAUCUGAAACACUAGAGUGUUUUUUGAGCGAUGAGGAAUCCUUUGAUGGUCAAUUAAUACCUACCUCUGCUGACUCUCUGGCCUCAAGGGCAGCUACACAGGAUCAUGGUGGUUUAGUGCUACCGCUUAGACACCAAGAUUCAGAGAACCUUAGUCCAGUAGCUGAUGAUUCUUUUACUAUUAGCCACAAGGACUCUUUAGAGGAUAGUCCACUGAUGGAAGACGACUCUUCCCAUAAAACCCCAGACUCUAUUGAGCCUAGUCCAACAAAAGAAUCCCCAUGCCGUGACUCUUUAGAAAGCAGCCCCAUAGAGAUGAAAACCAACCUGGUUUUUCCCCCUACAGUAGAACAACCCAGUGUGACCACAGGGCCCCUGACAUCCUCCAAAGCCCCUGAAAUCCCCCCAGACAGUUUGCAUAGUAGAAUGCUCAAAGAACAGGAGGGUAAUGCUGACGAUGACGGUUGUGAGCAGACUUCCCUGAUGACAAGUUCGGGUAAGAGUCCUCUCUCACCUGACACACCAAGUUCUGAAGAGGUAAGUUAUGAGGUCAAUCCCAAAACCCCAGACCCCAUGGUCCUGAUUGUUCCCUUUAGGCCAUCAGUAAUUCCUGAGGAGACAGUAGAAGAUGCUGAGUUGAAGUUUGGCCUGACACAGAGGAAAAUUACUCCAGAGGAAGAGAUGUUUAAAAUGGCUGCCAAAAUAAAAACAUUUGAUGAAAUGGAGCAAGAUGAAAAAGACAAAAAGGACAAUAGAAAAGAUAGUGAAUCCUUUCAGACCUUGGUAGCGUCUGAUGCAAGAGAUGAAAGCUUCAAAUUGUUUGAACAUACAUCCAAAAAUGAAAGAUCCUCUGUGAAUGAUGUUGGGUUUAGUGAACUCAAACAAGCCUCAGAGAUAGCACGGUCUGUUGAACCGAUCAUUAAAGUACAACCUCCCUCUCCUUUUCCAGCAGGUAUUCAUAAGAGCCCACAAACAUCUGACGACAUUCAACAAACCGUGGCCCACAGUGCAGCUUCUUCAGCUGAAUCAGCAAUGAGGAGACCUCUGUCUGUCUCAGAAAAGCAUACCAUAAUGCCAAACCUUCAAGAAUGUCAUAGUGAGAAAUUUAAGGACAAAAAUUAUAUUGAUUCAGAGUUAGUACAGCUAAACAAAACCGCAUCUAAUAGCAAAAAUAUAACUGAUGAACAAAAAGAGCAAAGCUUAAAAAGAUCAAAAGGAAAUCAAGAAAUGUACAGUCAUGAACAGCAGGAGGCGGCAGAUAAUUAUCAAAAUAGUCAGGAAGAGUCUAAUGUAACAGAUGAGAUUAAAGGGGAUUACAUGAGGAAUCCAGGGACAUUUUAUGUUGAUAUUUGUAGUGACAGCUUAGACACUGAUACUAUUCCAAUUAUUAUUGGGGAAAAAAAAGAAACAUUUAAACCAGAAAUAUGUAUUUAUGAUGACACAGAGGAAGAUGAUGCUGAGCAGGAACCUCCUAAGACUGAAUCUAGAGGAGUUACAGCAAAAGCAGAGACAGACGCCUGGAAUUCAAUGCGAGAAGAUGAUGAUGCAUUUGCAGCAAGACUCAAAGAGGAAGAGCAAAAAAUCUUGGGUCUGGCUGUAGAUCGGCAUUCCCAAGGGGCGACUCCAGACACAACACCAGCAAGGACACCCACUGAGGAUGGUACACCAACAAGUGAACAGAAUCCUUUCCUUUUCCAGGAAGGAAAACUUUUUGAGAUGACAAGAAGUGGUGCAAUAGACAUGACAAAAAGGAGUUACGAGGAGGAAGGGUUUGCAUUUUACCAAAUAGAGCAACCCAUUGUAGAGGGCAUAGCAGAAGAUGAAGGUAAUGAACCUGUUAGAGCAUCAAAUGAUGCUGAGAAUGAGAUUGGUUGCAACCUGUCUUUGCAAAUAAAAGCAGAGGAGGAUGAAGACCUCCUUAAAGAGGCUAAAGAUUUAUUUGUACAUUCUCAUGCUGGGGAUGAUCUGGCUGCAGGUACAAAGUCAGAUAUUUCAAUGGCUAAAACCCCCAUUAAAUUGGAUGACUCUGCCUCAACCAAAAUCUUAGAGAAGGACCCAACAAUGUUAGAGGUUAAAUCAGACAAAUUUAUGAGUGAGGGACAUUUAGUAUCUGAUCCUGGUUCCUCUGACACUGUAAUAGUCAAUGUCCAAAAAGCAGUGUCAACAGUUUCUAGAUCAGCUCAUUCCCAACAAGAUCAGGAGUCCUCAGAUUCCUCACCAAAAGAUCCCCACUCAGUUAUAGAACAAACCAAAACCCCUGAAAAGACAGAAUCCCAAAGUAAAGCUGUCUCUAAAAGUUACACUGCAGCAUCUCAAUCAUCUAAGGCUAGAAAAGAUAUGUCCACCUCCAAAGAGGAAGAGGAACCAAAGUCCCGAAUCCCUGUUAAGGCAAGCUCCGUCAGGUCUGAAUGUGUUGAACCUGCUAAGGGCAAAAAGUCAAAGUUGCCCAUAAAACCUCAAUCAAGGCGAAAAUCUGAGACGGACACAAGCCCAUUCUUAACCUCCAGUUUAACAAAGUCUUCCAAAGCCAAGAGCUUCUGUGAAAGUGAUUCCACCAAGAAACCAGCCAAAAAGGACCAGAAUCGUCCAACAAGCACUCACCUAUCCAGCACAACUAAGACUCUUCCAUCAAGAUUACCAGUCAGGGGAAAGCCUGGUCAGCCAGUUCAAACUUCCACACCAGCAAAACAAAAAAAGUGUCAGCCAAGGGACACAAACAAACAGUCCAUUGCGUUUUUUGAAGAGAUUAGUCAAGAAGCAGCUAAGGUAGUGGAGAGUUUGGCUCAGGCAGAGAAAGACAAACAUGUGGCUGCUGCCUUGUCUGAUGAUGAAAGAAGCACCAUUAAUGCCUCAGUAAUAGAGAGUGAACCUUUAAUUGACAUGCAAAUGCCUUUCCCUGAGGAUUCCUUGGUCAUUGAGCCCAGAUGGGACAACCCUGUUGAGACCCAGAUGGAACGAAUCCCUGCUGAUAAAGUCCUAAGUCAAGUAGAUCCACAGGAUGAGGCUGACAGGAAAGAGGGGCGUCUGGCUAUAAUAGCAGAUCACCUUGGUUUCAGCUGGUCAGAAUUGGCUCGAGAGCUUGAAUUCAGUGAGGUACAGAUCAAUCAGAUAAGAAAUGAGAACCCAAAUUCUCUACAAGACCAAAGCCAUGCCCUCAUAAGGCUAUGGAAAGAAAGGGAGGGUAAAAAUGCUACAGCAGAGGCCACUUUGAUGAAGACACUUACAAAAAUAAAUCGUAUGGACAUUGUUCAUCUGAUCGAAACAAAAAUCAUCCAGUCCAGUGAAGACCAAUCAUCACACACCUAUGCAGAAAUUGAGCAAACCAUAUCAUUGGAUCAUAGUGAAGGUUUUUCAGCCCUGCAGGAGGACAUGGACAGCCCCUGGCCAGGUCGGCGAACAGAAGUCAGGCAAAAAGGAUCAGAACUUGGUCCUCUGGUGGCAUCUGUUGAGGAUCUCUCCUGCAAUGUACCAUCCCUUGAUGAUACCAAAAAAGAGAGGUUGCUGGCAGACAAAGAGAUGGGUUCAGAGGUGGUCGGAACCUCAACACAUAGUUCUGUUGAUAUGGUUGGACUAAGGCAACAAUUCCCAGGCACUAUCAAAAAAGGUGACGAGAUGCCUGAAAUCCCUCCUCAGACUGUGACAGAAGAGAAAUACACUGAUGAGUAUGGGAACAUGGUGGUCAAAAAGAUAACAAGGAAAGUCAUCCGUAAGUAUGUGUCAGCAGAUGGAGUAGAGAGAGAGGAAGUGAUGCUGGAGGGUCCACAGCAGGAAGCUGUCACUGUGGAUGAGGCUGACGGUUUCUCUAAAGUUGUGAAGAGGACAGUGGUGCAGAGCGGGGGAGAGCAGACAGAGGUAACUUUCUCUGAACCUUUAUCUUACAUUGGGGCGACAUCUUCUGAGUUCGAGGAAGAGCCUGUCCAAGGUCGGAAGGUUAGCAAAGUCAUCAAAACUAUGGUAGUGCAAGGUGAACGAAUGGAAAAACAAAUUGGAGACCCUUCACUCUCAUCAGAUCUCCCAACAGCCAAAGACGACUUUGAAAAGGCUUUAAGCUAUGUAGGAAGCUUUGGAAAAGUGCAUCUGCCUCAUUUAGUUGAGAGAGAGAUGGUCAAAGAGGAUGGAUCAGUGGUCAGAAGGACCCGGAUGCAUAAGACGCGCACUCAGAAAAGCACAAUAGUGAAGGAUGGCCAAGCCAAACAAACCCAUCUGGAACGACUGGAGGACACCCCCGAUUCCCUGCGACCUGAUGACCUACAGCAGCACCUGCAUCAGCUGCUUCAACGCUACUGUACUCCAGAGGUGACCGAAGAGCCUGAUGUAGGACAAGAUUCAGACAUAGAGCAGGACAAACAAUAACUCCUGCCCUAUGUGUGUUUGGUUGUGGCAGGCAUUUAAUACACAUUUCUGCAUAUUUAUGUCUGUAGCCCUUUCUAAUAACACAAAAUAAUUCUUCACUUGCUUACCAGAUCCCCUUAUAUUAUUUAUUGCUUGAUCUUUUCAUUCAUGGCAAAUAAUGGAAACAUUGUAACCGCAUUGUAGCUGAAUGUGUUUUUUUUCUGAUUUUUCUGAAUUUUUUUUUUCUUUUUGUGACCAAAGAUAGUGUUACCUGAAUUGCUGAGUGAUUUGUAUGAAACAUAGAUGUUUUGUGUGUGCGUGUCAUUUUGGUUGCUGUGGUACUGUAGAAGCAGAACUAAACAUAAUAAUAAAAAAAUUAAUAUGGGUCAGUUUGGAUGCUGAGCUCAAGACAUUUGUAAAUAAUGGACUUUGAAAAUGUUUUAAAACACUGUCAUAUAUACUCUUUUGUCUCCUGUAACUGCUGUACAACUGCGUCAAUGGACUGCUGCAAUUAAAAACAUGUCAGAUUACUUGCUUAAAAUCUCACAACAGACCUGAUUAAAUAUCAUCAAAAUAUCUUUGGGGCAUGUGAGUUUGUAACCACAGUUAAUCAAUGCGCAAGCAAUCAGCUAUCUGAUAUAACUUGCUAUGUAUUUAUACUGGCUAUGAUUGAAAUGAUUGAAAGCAACAAAUAAAUAUCAUGCUGUAGACUUUCUUAAUCCCAGAAUGCUUCUGAAAGGUUUUUACACAGAUUACGCGAGAAUUUAUCAGUUUUAAGUUAAAUAAUGCUGUCAUUAUCUACACAUCCAGUUUUUUUGUGUCAUUGGCCUAUUUGUUUUCACUGUCUAACCUAUGUACAGAAUAUGAGCGUAUUCUCAGAUCCCCUCUGUGACGAUGCAUUUAUGUUUGUUUAUUGAAUUUUUUUAUUUGUUAUUUUUGAAUGAAUGUUACAUUAAUCCCAUUUUCUGUUCUGUGCAGUCUAUUUUUUUUAAUAUGACUGAAUUCACCGAUAAUCUGAGUUCCCCUUCAAAACUGUGCUUGUGUGCUUGACUUGUAUCUUCCCUAUUUGUGAUGCUCCUCUAGGUGCUUACAGUAGAACAGGGAGGGAAAGUGAUAAAAAAUUUGCCUGUUUUGAUUUUUUUCCCCUCUGCUGUUACAAUGAUGUAAAAUAACAAUAAUAAUAAUAAAAAAAAUGAAACUUUA